GAGCACGUUUACGCCGCCGCGGCGCUGUGGUGGCGGCGGCCGAGGGGCCGUGCGGUGGGUCCGUACGAUCGUUUUCCCAGUCUCGGUUCGACGACUCCAUUUUCUUCGUCGGGGGUUUAACGUACCGGAGAGGCGGCAGGCUUCGAGCAGUCCUCUUCAAGAAGGCUGUGAGAAGCUUUAGCAAUGUCUGAUUUUGUGGAAAGCGAGGCUGAGGAGUCAGAGGAAGAAUACAAUGAUGAAGGCGAAGUAGUGCCUCGAGUCACCAAGAAGUUUGUGGAGGAGGAAGAUGAUGAUGAAGAGGAGGAGGAGAACCUAGAUGAUCAGGAUGAGCAAGGCAACUUGAAAGGCUUUAUCAAUGAUGAUGAUGAUGAAGAGGAAGGGGAGGAGGAUGAAGGCAGUGACUCUGGUGAUUCUGAGGAUGAUGUUGGCCACAAGAAGAGAAAACGCACAUCUUUUGAUGACCGCCUGGAGGAUGAUGAUUUUGACCUCAUUGAAGAGAAUCUGGGUGUUAAAGUCAAAAGAGGACAAAAGUACCGGCGUGUCAAAAAAAUGUCAGAUGAUGAAGAUGAUGAUGAAGAGGAAUAUGGCAAGGAAGAACACGAAAAAGAGGCUAUCGCAGAGGAAAUCUUCCAGGAUGGGGAAGGGGAAGAAGGACAGGAAGCUGUGGAGGCCCCCAUGGCUCCUCCAGAGGAAGAAGAGGAAGAUGAUGAGGAGUCAGAUAUUGACGACUUCAUUGUGGAUGACGAUGGACAGCCUCUGAAAAAACCCAAGUGGCGAAAAAAGCUUCCUGGAUACACGGAUGCAGCCCUUCAAGAAGCCCAAGAGAUCUUCGGCGUGGACUUUGACUAUGACGAAUUUGAAAAAUACAAUGAGUAUGAUGAAGAAUUGGAGGAAGAGUAUGAGUAUGAGGAUGAUGAGGCCGAGGGUGAAAUCCGAGUACGUCCCAAAAAGACCACGAAGAAACGUGUGAGCCGCAGAAGCAUCUUUGAGAUGUAUGAGCCCAGUGAACUGGAAAGCAGCCACCUCACAGACCAGGACAACGAAAUCCGAGCCACUGACUUGCCUGAGAGGUUCCAGCUCCGCUCCAUCCCAGUCAAGGGUGCUGAAGAUGAUGAACUAGAAGAAGAAGCUGACUGGAUCUAUAGAAAUGCCUUUGCCACACCGACCAUUUCUCUACAGGAAAGCUGUGAUUACCUAGACCGAGGGCAACCAACCAGCAGCUUCAGUCGAAAAGGGCCCAGCACAAUUCAGAAGAUCAAAGAGGCCCUGGGCUUCAUGCGCAAUCAACAUUUCGAGGUGCCUUUUAUUGCCUUCUACCGAAAGGAGUAUGUGGAACCUGAGUUGCACAUCAAUGAUCUGUGGAGGGUGUGGCAAUGGGAUGAAAAGUGGACCCAGCUGAGAAUCCGCAAAGAGAACCUUACGCGGCUAUUUGAGAAGAUGCAGGCUUACCAGUACGAGCAAAUCUCUGCUGACCCUGACAAACCUCUAGCUGAUGGCAUCCGGGCUCUGGACACUACCGACAUGGAGAGGCUCAAAGAUGUACAAUCAAUGGAUGAGUUGAAAGAUGUCUACAACCAUUUCCUACUUUACUAUGGUCGUGACAUCCCCAAGAUGCAGAAUGCUGCCAAGGCUAGCCGCAAGAAGCUGAAACGUGUAAGGGAAGAGGGAGAUGAAGAAGGCGAAGGUGAAGAGGCAGAAGAUGAGGAGCAGAGGGGUCCAGAGCUUAAACAGGCCUCCCGCCGAGACAUGUACACCAUCUGCCAGAGUGCAGGGCUAGAUGGCCUCGCCAAAAAGUUUGGGCUCACUCCUGAGCAAUUUGGAGAGAACCUACGGGACAGCUACCAACGGCAUGAGACAGAGCAGUUCCCUGCAGAGCCCUUGGAGCUGGCCAAGGACUAUGUUUGCAGCCAGUUCCCUACUCCAGAAGCCGUGCUGGAAGGUGCCCGCUACAUGGUUGCAUUACAGAUUGCCCGGGAGCCCCUUGUCCGACAGGUGCUGAGGCAGACCUUCCAGGAGAGAGCCAAGCUAAACAUAACCCCUACAAAGAAAGGUAGAAAGGAUGUGGAUGAAGCCCACUAUGCUUAUUCCUUUAAGUACUUAAAGAACAAGCCUGUUAAAGAACUGAGAGAUGACCAGUUCCUCAAGAUUGGCCUGGCUGAAGAUGAAGGGCUGCUGACCAUUGACAUCAGCAUAGAUAUGAAGGGAGUGGAAGGGUAUGGCAAUGACCAGACAUAUUUUGAAGAGAUCAAACAAUUUUACUACCGAGAUGAGUUCAGCCACCAGGUGCAAGAGUGGAACCGGCAGCGCACCAUGGCCAUUGAGCGAGCUUUACAGCAAUUCUUGUAUGUGCAGAUGGCCAAAGAACUCAAGAAUAAGUUGCUGGCUGAGGCCAAGGAAUAUGUCAUCAAAGCCUGUAGCCGAAAGCUCUACAACUGGUUGAGGGUGGCACCCUACCGACCAGAUCAGCAGGUAGAAGAAGAUGAUGAUUUUAUGGAUGAGAACCAAGGGAAGGGCAUCCGAGUGCUUGGCAUUGCUUUCUCCUCUGCCAGGGAUCACCCUGUGUUUUGUGCUCUGGUCAACGGAGAAGGAGAAGUAACAGAUUUCCUCCGCCUGCCCCAUUUUACCAAACGGCGAACUGCAUGGAGAGAAGAAGAACGGGAAAAGAAGGCUCAAGACAUUGAAACCCUAAAGAAAUUUCUUCUGAAUAAGAAACCUCAUGUGGUGACAGUUGCAGGAGAGAACAGGGAUGCCCAGAUGUUGAUUGAAGAUGUGAAACGCAUUGUACAUGAGCUGGACCAGGGCCAGCAGCUGUCUUCUAUUGGGGUAGAGCUGGUUGACAAUGAGUUAGCCAUUCUCUAUAUGAACAGCAAGAAAUCAGAGGCAGAGUUCCGUGAUUACCCACCAGUACUGAGACAGGCCGUCUCCCUGGCUCGGCGCAUCCAAGACCCUCUGAUAGAAUUUGCUCAAGUGUGCAGCUCUGAUGAAGACAUCCUGUGUCUCAAGUUUCACCCCUUACAGGAGCACGUUGUGAAAGAGGAGCUUCUCAACGCCUUGUACUGUGAAUUUAUCAACCGGGUCAAUGAGGUUGGGGUUGAUGUCAACCGUGCCAUUGCCCAUCCUUACAGCCAGGCCUUGAUCCAGUAUGUCUGCGGCCUGGGACCUCGAAAAGGGACCCACCUACUAAAGAUCCUGAAGCAGAACAACACUCGACUCGAGAGCCGUACCCAGCUGGUCACCAUGUGCCACAUGGGCCCCAAAGUCUUCAUGAAUUGCGCUGGCUUCCUCAAGAUUGAUACAGCCUCCCUGGGGGACAGCACUGACUCAUACAUUGAAGUCCUUGAUGGUUCCCGCGUCCACCCUGAAACCUAUGAGUGGGCCAGGAAGAUGGCAGUGGAUGCCCUGGAAUAUGAUGAGUCUGCUGAGGAUGCCAAUCCUGCAGGAGCACUUGAAGAAAUCUUGGAAAACCCAGAGCGACUCAAAGACCUAGACCUUGAUGCCUUUGCAGAAGAACUGGAGAGGCAGGGCUAUGGUGACAAACACAUCACACUGUAUGACAUCCGAGCAGAGCUGAGUUGCCGGUAUAAGGACCUCCGGACAGCCUACCGUUCCCCUAACACAGAGGAGAUCUUCAAUAUGUUAACCAAAGAAACACCAGAGACCUUCUACAUUGGAAAGCUCAUCAUCUGUAAUGUUACUGGCAUUGCUCACAGGCGCCCACAGGGUGAGAGCUAUGACCAGGCCAUCCGCAAUGAUGAGACAGGACUAUGGCAGUGCCCCUUCUGUCAGCAGGACAACUUCCCUGAACUAAGCGAGGUCUGGAACCACUUUGACAGCGGUUCAUGCCCUGGCCAGGCAAUCGGUGUCAAAACACGGCUAGACAAUGGUGUCACCGGCUUCAUCCCCACCAAAUUCCUCAGUGACAAAGUGGUAAAGAGGCCGGAAGAACGAGUGAAGGUGGGAAUGACUGUUCACUGCCGCAUCAUGAAGAUUGACAUUGAGAAGUUCAGUGCAGACCUGACCUGCCGUACCUCCGACCUCAUGGACAGGAACAAUGAGUGGAAACUGCCCAAGGAUACCUACUAUGAUUUUGAUGCUGAAGCAGCAGACCACAAGCAGGAAGAGGAUAUGAAGCGAAAGCAGCAGAGGACCACAUACAUCAAGCGAGUGAUUGCACACCCAUCCUUCCAUAACAUCAAUUUCAAGCAAGCAGAAAAGAUGAUGGAAACCAUGGACCAGGGGGAUGUUAUCAUCCGACCAAGCAGCAAGGGUGAAAACCACCUGACAGUGACCUGGAAAGUCAGUGAUGGCAUCUACCAGCAUGUGGACGUGCGGGAAGAGGGCAAAGAAAAUGCCUUCAGCCUGGGAGCCACUCUGUGGAUUAACACUGAGGAGUUUGAAGACUUGGAUGAAAUUGUUGCCCGGUAUGUCCAGCCCAUGGCAUCCUUUGCCCGAGACCUUCUGAACCACAAAUAUUACCAGGACUGCAGUGGAGGAGACCGCAAGAAAUUAGAGGAGCUGCUCAUCAAAACUAAGAAGGAGAAGCCCACCUUCAUCCCUUAUUUCAUCUGUGCCUGCAAGGAACUGCCCGGCAAGUUCCUCUUGGGAUACCAGCCCCGGGGUAAACCCAGGAUAGAAUAUGUAACAGUGACUCCUGAAGGAUUCCGGUACCGGGGCCAGGUCUUCCCAACUGUGAAUGGACUCUUCAGAUGGUUUAAGGAUCACUACCAAGACCCUGUACCUGGCAUCACACCCAGUAGCAGCAGCAGGACUCGGACUCCUGCCUCUAUCAAUGCUACCCCAGCCAACAUAAACCUUGCAGAUCUGACACGGGCUGUGAACGCCUUACCUCAGAACAUGACUUCGCAGAUGUUCAGUGCCAUUGCUGCUGUGACAGGCCAAGGACAGAACCCCAAUGCCACCCCAGCCCAGUGGGCCUCCAGCCAGUAUGGCUAUGGUGGCAGUGGAGGAGGCAGCAGUGCCUACCAUGUAUUCCCAACGCCAGCACAGCAGCCAGUGGCCACACCACUAAUGACCCCCAGCUACUCCUACACAACCCCAAGCCAGCCCAUCACCACCCCUCAGUACCACCAGCUCCAGGCCAGCACUACCCCGCAGUCUGCCCAAGCCCAGCCUCAGCCCUCUUCCAGCUCCCGACAACGGCAGCAGCAGCCAAAGUCCAACAGCCAUGCAGCCAUCGACUGGGGGAAGAUGGCAGAGCAGUGGCUGCAGGAGAAGGAAGCAGAACGAAGGAAACAGAAGCAGCGGUUGACACCUCGACCCUCUCCCAGUCCCAUGAUCGAAAGCACCCCCAUGUCCAUUGCUGGCGAUGCGACCCCGCUCCUGGACGAGAUGGAUCGGUAGGGGGCCUGCUCUUCGGACUUUGGUUACCUCUGAGACUCUACAGGAGGCCUGAAGCACUGCCUCACUUCCUGCCCCACCUUUCUGUCCAUAAAGUGGCGUGAAAUGACAUUCUCUUUAGUGUUCAGCCCAAAUGGAUAAUAGGCUGGAUGGCCUUGUGAGCUUGAGCUCAGGGUAUGCCAAGCAGCAGUUCUCCCACUCCAGACCUGCACUGACCAUCUGGAGAGAAUGUGGCAGGGAAGAGGAGGGGAGCAGUUUGCAUUCUCCCUAUAAGCCAUUUUGAGCUUCUGCCCUCACUGACUUGGACUGCAUUGGGGCAUGACGCUCAGCUUGUGCUUCUCCCCAGCUGUGUGGAGAAGGGAUGCUAUUUAUUCAGGUUGGGGCAGGAGGGAGAAGAGGGAAAGUAGUUCUCUGGUCCUGAUACCAACAUCUUGGUUGCUGUCAAAGUAGGAUUGUGGGAAACAUAAGGGAGCAGUGUUGACCUGCCAGCCCCUGCCUGGCUAUCCUCACCCUCCUGCUGCCACUGCUUCCUGCCUGUCAUUUGAAUAAACAGUGUUUCUACAGA